UACAGUACCUGUACAUGUAGAUGUGGCGUGCGUGGUCGUAAAAUUUCACUCAGGUGUGCUCUGACGGAUUGUGUCAGAUUGUGUGGCAUCCACUGGUUACCAUGGCAGCACCUACUCAACAGUCUGGUGCCAGUGGGGGCAACCAAAACCCAACUAGUAACCCUACCAUGUCUGGUGCUCGAAGUGAAAUCACUUGUGUGUCACUGUAUUGCAGAUUGGGGCAAGAAACGGUGCAAGAAAUAGUCGCCAAGACCAAUGAGAUAUUUGGUGUCAUGAAAUCUAUGCAGUUACCGAAUGGAGUCUCCCCUGUAAACCCUGCUCACCAGGCCAAACUGCAGGAUUUAAUUCGAAACUCACAGCGGCAUUUCAAACGGCUACGAUUACUAUAUGACAAGUGUAACCAGCUGUCUGGAGGAAUGGACCAAAGUAAUGCAGAGGAGUUAAUCCCAUGGAAGGAUGGUCAAGAUAGUCUCAGUGAUCUGUCAGGCCUGGGAUCAGAGGACAAGGUCAUGAAUGCCAAGCGUGAACGACAAGAAUUGAUGGAGAAAGUACAAAGCAAGAAUGAACAGUUGAGGCAAGUCAUAGAGCGGCUGAGGGCUUUGAUCUGGGACAUCAACACAAUGAUGGCCAUGAGGUAUGCCCCUUGGCCUUGAUCACGACAGAAACACUCAAAAGUGGUUUUGACAUCUGUAGGAGAAAUGCGAGUUCAUGCACGGCUUUGAAAAUCGACAAAAACACAGCAUGGUGCUAUGAGAGACAUGUACACCUACAACAUUGAUCCGUGCCUUAAGCAUGCUUAUGAUGAGACACAGCAGAUGGGCUUGAUCAUGAAGGAGACUGAAUAAGAUGGCCUUGAAUACCAUGGCUUUGAUAAAGUUUGAUGACGGUGAGACAGACGAGCAGAGAGGCAUUGAUGACCACAGGAGAAGUCCAAGUAUGGUACCUUGCAGUAGAGGACAGCCUUGACAGAAAAAUACACAUGGAUGUCAUGAUGAUGGCUACACGUACAUGUAUGAUGCCGCCAGUCCACGACUGCCUCAGUUUGACCUCAAUUUGACCCCAAAUGACAGUCUCUCUCACGUCACAACAACGAACCUUUCCCACACAAGGAUUUACCUUGUACGUGUAAAUUAAUUUGUGAUGUGGUCUGCUGCAACUAUCUAGCAAACAGUGCUGGAGGGCCGAAUGUCGUGUGCGCUAAAUAUACCGUGUAUCUUCACAUGAGAGUGCAUCAGAUCCAUGUGUUUUGUAUAUCAGCUAAGCCAAGGUAGCUGAUAUUGAAAGUCAGGAUCCGAACCAACUCUGUCUGUAGAGUAAAGAUUUCUUUUGAAAUCCGUUGUCUUCUGUAUAUUGACGGUGAGAUAAACAGACCUUGGGUCCCAAGCUGGCUGUUGAUAGCUUAUCACUUCAGCUUGCUUUCUGUAGACCAAGGAGUAGAUUGUAAUAUGUUACUUCAGGUUUUGUUCUGGGCUGGGGUUUGUAUGGGGAAUGUGGCUGGCUGGAGAGUUUGCAAAAAGGCUCAACAAAUGACAAUUUCUCUCUUUGGAAGGGGGGGGGGACAUCAGCAUAUGAAAAGGUGAAAGGGGUGAUCGUUGGAUAUCAUCUAAUGACUUGAGAUGGCAUAGUUCACAAAAGAGCUUAUGCCCCAUUCCCCGCUGCUGUGACACUUCAAAAUGUUCAUGGUGCUCUUUUUCAAGAUGAAUUUUUUUUGCGUUGGGGAGAUGUUAAUUAUAUAUAACGGUUUUUUGCCCUUACCCAACGUAUAUUAAUAUACGUUGGGUAAGGGCAAAAAAGCGUUAUAUAUAAUUCAUGGUGCUCGUUUUUCGUGAUCUUUUCUUUUCCCCCUUUUUUCAGGGUGUGGCAGAUUUCUGGGAUGUUGGGGACAUUUCAGUUGAUAUCUUUCAAUAGAAUGAAGGGGUUUAGGAUAUGGAUUGCAGGACACCCCCACUUGUCUCCCACGAAAAGAUGGACUUUCUUGAUUUGAUAUACACUGUCUGAAAUGUUGGUACACAGUAAUUUUGAGUGCUAUCUCGUCUUCAUUGUCUAACACAGCUUCUAGGACGAGGACUUUAUUGUAGUAUAGCCUAAUAUCUAAGCUAAUAAAACGCAAAUUAUGCUCUUACGGGAAACCUGUGCAAUGCGACACCAUUAUUGGUCCUUUACAGUGCUGAAAUAGAGACCCAUUCACAAGUUACAAGGUGAACAAUGGUAAAAUUCUCUUGUAAUUGUCUUUUGGUCUCUUGUGGUGGUAUUAAGAGGUCUUGACAACACCUCUGCCUUUAUAUGUGCAUAAAUGUACAUAUUUUGAUAGCAACAGAAUGUGUUUGGGGCAAUUACCAUUGUUCAAAGACCGCGAGUAGUUUGUGCGUGUACGUUUUAGCAGCCUAAUAUUUGAUUGAUCUGCCACGUGCCACCCUUUUGAGUUCUGACAAAGAUGGGAAAUAGCGAAUCUAUCGCCGCUACAAAGAAUCAGUGCUUGGGUUGGACAGAUUCAAAGCCGUGGCUUAAAUUUCUGGGUUCUACGAAGUUAUGUUAUUUUAGCCAUGUCGAUGUCAUUUGCACAUACAAAGAUAAGAUCCGCCAUAAUCGAAAAGCUCUCGGUCAAUCGGCCAUUGAAUGACGGGAUUUGUCAUCUCCAUGAAGGUGUUAAGUUCGGAUAUGGUCGACACUAUACUUCGUUUUUAUGCAGCUUUGAUCAAGUAGUGUCAUUAGUGUCAACUGCACAGAGGGUGAAAUUACUGCAUGAGAAUGAUUUCCCUACCGUUUAAUGGCCAUGUUAAAUUUUAUUUUUGACAAAUUUUCUCAUGUUUAUCUGAAAGGAUGCCAAGAAGCCAAAAACUGUUUUCAAAAAAUUAAUGUAUUGACAAACAUGAAAGAUUGGGCUGUGAAUAAGGAAUAACGAUUAAAAAGUUUAUAGCGUCACUAUGAAAAUCUUGAUUAAUAUUGACAAAGCGGCUUAAAUACUUGCUAGGAGGCAUGAUUGGCUUUAUUUUAUUUAAGUCUUUUUUAAUGAGGGUAAGCUCCAUGAGUGCACAGCACUGCUUUCCAUAGGGGCCCUCAAUUAAAAUACAAUCAUUAAACAUUAAAAUAGUAUAAAAACCGUUAUGUUUAAAAAGCACAGCAAAAACAUUUUACUUACAAUGAAGUCACCUAGAACAUUAAUUCGGGAAAGAGAAAAACUUGUAAAUAAAUAACUUAAAAUACAAAAAUGUAGAAACAAAUAUACAUAAAAUUGAGCUCAGUAUCAGACCUUUGGAACAUGUGUUCGGAUUACGCAACUAUUAAUAAUAAGAUAAGAUGAUAUGAUGAAUUGGUUCGACGACAUAAUUUGGCAAAUAAUUCAAAUUGUCUGUUAAUUAUCUGAAUUUAAGGAUAUGUGCCUUGAAUUUGCUUUUUAAAACUGACGAGCGUAGGCAAAGUUUUCAUGUCAGGUGGAAGGUCAUUCCGUGACCUGGCUCCUGGCAUCACUAAGCCUGUAACCAAGUGUUAGUCCUGCUGCCCGGUCUUGGAGUACCUGACUUUGAUUUAUGUAAUUAUUGGCAGCUUGAGUCCAGACUGUACAACAAUAGCCAAUGCGAGGCAGAAAGAGAGCAUUAUACGCAUUAAAACGGGUAUAUUGAUCCACAUACCAACUCAAUCGUUUCGUCACUUCAAGUCUCUGAGAGAGUUUAACAACAGUUUUAUCAAUAUGAGUAUCCAUCUAAGAAACUGGUCAAACCAUAAACCAAGGUAUUUGAACUCGGUCACCUUCUCCAGAAUAUUGCCUCCGAUUCCAACAGUCAGAUUAUUGUGAAUUUAUCUUUUAUUUUUUGAGAUGUACCAAAAGUCAUGACGUUGGUUUUCGAAGCAUUAACCAUUCCUGAGCGUAUAGCUCUGGCAUGAUUUACCCAUUGGUCAUUCCCAAAUGAACAGCUCAGAUUGGGAUGAGCUAUGCUAUGAUUAUUGUUCAAUCCCGUACAGUAAUGUCCAGUCUCACUAUUAACAGAAGUUGCUCAAUGUAAAUUUGUACGAUGUAAGUAGUUGUAUGUAUAGAUCAA